CUUUUUACCUCUUUCGAAGAUUCUCGACAUUGAAGUCAUCGAGGAGAUCCGCUAUUAAAUCAUCAUGUCUGACGCGGAAGGAGAUGAUCAACCUCAACCUCAAGUUGAAGCUGAAGCUACUGAACGCCCUGGUGACGUCCAGAGUGCUUUAAAAGAAGUCUUAAAAAGCGCUCUUAUUACCAAUAACUUGGCUCGUGGUAUCCGAGAAGCCUGUAAAGCCUUAGAUAGGCGUGAAGCGGACUUGUGUGUCUUAGCAGAAAACUGUGAUGAACAGCAGUAUGUUAAACUGAUCGAAGCUUUAUGUGCUGAACAUCAGAUUCCAUUAAUGAAGGUACCUGACAAUCGCGAAUUAGGCGAGUGGUGUGGUUUAUGUAAAAUUGACAGAGAGGGUAAAGCUCGAAAGGUGGUCAAGUGCAGCAGUGUUGCUGUUAAGGAAGUCGCCAAGGAUUCUGGUGCUUGGGAUGUAUUACAAGAAUACUUCAAAGCUCAAAGUUCUGAUUAAGCUACUUCAUCUGGAAGAUAUAUGCCAUUGUAAUUUAGCCAGCAAUUAUAAGUUUUACAUCUGUACUUUUGUAAUAGAAAGCUGACAAAAUUUGAGCAAUAAAAAAACUCUUCAAG